CUGAGUCUGCAGGCGCCUCUGAAUUUAAAGCGCAUUUUCACUCGUCUCCGCACAGUGCCGGACGUCGCUCUGCAGGAAUCAGCAAAUACACGGAAAUCCAACAACCGUGCAUCAAAUAUCCAGGAUACAGCAGCCCUGUAUUCUUUCGGACUAGCCAGCUACAGACACUUCACAGCCCCAGAACGACCGGCCGGCUUGUUUUUUUUUCGUCAAGCAUGGGAUGCAAAGAGAGAAACAUACUAGUCGAAGGGAGGAGAUAAAUAGACAGAAAGAGAGAAUAGAAAAAGGGAAGCGUGCACAGGAACAAAAAAAAAAGCCCCGCAUCGAUUGUGCCGCUGAACCAGGAGCGGCGCUACAACAAAUAUCUGACCUCGACCCCCUCGGACGGUGGGGGAAAACUGGUUGUUGAAAUGGAGAUGUCGAGAUUUUCCAUCAUCCCGUCUCCUCCUCCAACACGCACGCUGCUGAGGCUGCUGAUGAUGAUGUUUGCGUAGGAGUGCUUUAUUUUGCGGACAGCCGCUGGUAAAGCAGCCUCUACUGUUCAAACAACUCCAGACAAGCGGUGGAUGGAACUGUGCGUGUGUGUGGCUGCCUGCUCCAAACACAUAUUUACAGAUAUUAUUAGUAUUAUCAGGCAGUUAUUAAAGUCCGGCUCGUUUUCUUCGCCUUUGGAGUGUUUUUUCUGAUGUCUUUUUGCGAGUUUGGAAUUGGACAGAACAUGUUUGGCGUGCGACUGACAAGAAUGUGUUGGGAAAAGUAGUCCAGAAGCAAAGAAUAAUGAUAUAAUAUAUUUUGCAAAGGACGCACCUGCUAUUUUGUUCAAAUUAACAACUAAAGAGGAUCCGGCCCAGCGGGUCAAGCUCCUGUUGUGCUCUUUACUUUGCUGGCAUUGGGGGGCUUUAUUUGUUACUGGUUUUAUUAUUCAGUGACUGAGGUCGAGACAAACUACAACUAGCAGAGGUUGGGACCUGAGCUCCAAGGAGCUACCUCUACCCUUGUUGUGACCCGGUGAAUUCCUCUUAUCUCUGAAGGGUGUUGAUGGAGAGCCAUUCGAAUGACAGCCGGGACAGUGGUCAUCACUGGUGGAAUUCUAGCUACUGUUAUAUUACUCCUUAUCAUCGCAGUACUGUGCUACUGUAGGCUGCAGUAUUAUUGCUGCAAGAAGGAAGAGUCCGAGUCGGAGGAGGAGGAGCCGGACUUUGCUGUUACAUCCCGCCUCCCACCGGUCCACUCCAAUCACAACAUUGUGGCGGCAACGGCCGCCGCCUCCUCCAUCCCAAAUGGCCCCGCCCUUUUCUCCACCCCUCCGCUGGCCAGGAAACUGACACGCUCACAGACCUUCUGUCCAUCCUGUACUCACUAUGAGCUGCCUUUCUACCUCCAGCCCCCUCAGCCACAGCUUCACCAUCAACCAGAUGGGUUGAGGAAUGGAGGUGACCGGAUCAGCUACCGCAGUGUCCAGCAGCAGGAUCUGGACCUGCCAGUGCCUGUGAACAUUUCAAACUACCGUAAACCUAACCUCUCCCGGUCGGUCACCAUGAGGGACAUGUUCACACGCAGCUGUAGCAUCAGCACUGAUGUUUAGCUGGGCGAGGUCGGACCUCGGUGUAAGUUUAUGCUUAAAUGAAUUGUGAUGGCCUAGGCUGGACUGGCUUGAGUCAGACUGUAUUUUUGUCAUCUUGACCAGUUUAUUCCAGUCUAGUAUGGUCUGACCUAGUAUGGUCUUGUUCUACUGGCCACCUCUUGCAGAAUGGAGGACUCAGAUGGCUCUCAGGACAGGAUUUUUCUUCUGACUAGUUCUUUUUUUAACAAUAAGAAUGGACUUUGUUUUAUCAUUUCAUAAAGUUUGUGUAGCCCUACUUCCUCUGGACCCAUGGCCUGAAAGAUAAACAGAUUCCCGCCAUGUCAAAAUGACAUAAUCAACAGGGAUUUUCUCUUUGCCAUAGCUGCUACAAACAAAAUAUGAUUAGGUGAAGUCCAGUGUUUCCCCCUCCUAUGAUGGGAUGAUCUGUCUGUUCCUCCAUCCACAGAUUAUAGAUUAUAAAAGAUCACUCUCCACCAGUGGAAAGACUAGCGGAGGACAGGGGAUGUUGUGAUUUAGCUGCCACCCACAGACAUUUUAGACAGACUUAACUUAGGCCAUAAUAUUUUAAGACAUAAAGGGCUCACAGAAGAUGGAAAUACCUGCUUGUUUUCCACAUCCUUUCAUAGAGGUCUCCGGUUUGAUGGGAGGCUGGUUUCUCUGAGCGUCUGCUGACGAAGUGUAUAUACAGUACACUUCAGCAGAGAAAGACCUCUGUGUUCUUGCAGGCAAGGUGGACUAGGUGCCAAAGGGGGAUGGGUUAUUGCAUUUGUCUGCAUUCGUACGACUGUGCUUGCAUGCAUGUGUGUGCGUGUGUGUGUAUAACUUGAUCAAUCGUUAUACCAGGAUUCUUAUUCCAUAAGAAUAGAAACUGUAUGUAUACUGAACCCAGCAGUGGGUUGCAAUAACAUUUUAAACAUUUCUUGUAAAGGGUGAAGGGAUUGUAUUAGUUUCCAUAUGCCACUUUACCUUUAAAUUCCUGUUAAAGCUAAGAAUGACCCAACCAGAUGAAGUGACAAACUCUUUAGUGGGUUUGCAGCUAUUUUGUAAAUGUUUAUUUUACUGAUCGACGCUAUAACACAGACUCGAGUUGGUGGUGGCAGUCAGAGGAGCAAAAAGUUUUUACAGCAACACUUAACGUUAUAAUGUGAUAUUCAUUAUAGUUCUUCACCGAGGUUUCAUUUUGUGGGCUCUUCACUACAUUCCUUGUGUUGUCUCUGAUAUGAUGAUAUAUGGAUUCAUUGGCUAAAGGUUAGUUCACCUUUAAAGGCACAUCUAUAAAUAUUUAACAGGCCAUAACAUACACAGUCUCUCUCUCUCUUCUCUCGACUCGCUGGACUGAGGAAUAUUUGCUCCUGCUCUGAGAGUUCCUUCUUGGGAUUGUUUUACAUUUUUGUGCUUGGCUGAUAUUCUGACUGGAUGGACACAGGACACACAUCUAAUGAAUGAAAUGAUUUAGUGCUUGAUUUAAAGAAGAAAUGCUGGUGAUUGUGUGACGGGUUUGACGCUGAUUGGAUUAUCCCUAUGGAUGGUAAAUGCUUCUAACCCCCCCACUCUCUCUCCCUCUCUCUGUCUCUCGCUUUCUAUCUUUCUGUCUCUGUUGAUUUUAUUAGCAAUCAUGCUCAUUUAUUUUCCCAAAGGGUGAAACAGUGAGUGAUGUUUUGUUUUGUUUUAAGUUUUUCCUCUUGUGACAUGUGCUUCCCUGCAAAUACAUUACGAGAUACAUAAGCGCGCGCGCACACACACACACACACACACACAGUUCUGCUACAAUAUGCUUUCCUUACUUUUUAAACAGAAAUGUGACAGUUGCACAAGAAAUGUAGUGCCAUAAAGAAUUAUGAGAGAAAUUUAUAAUUAUUAUUAUUAUUAUUAUUACAAGUGUUUAUUCAAAUGCAGUGUUGCUUUUACCCUAAAGUCUUUGAAUUACUUGCUUUAUUUUAUGAUCCAGCUGGUUUUUCAGACUCAGUACAGUACAGCAGAAAUGUUUCUGUCCUUGUUUCUAAUGUAUAACU